AUGAAUAGUGUUAAAAUAUUGGUCGGUUCACUUGACCAUUACUAUCCCGGUGGCGGGGCCUCGGGAUCCGAAAAAAACGAAAAAAAUGAUCCAGAAACACCGGAACGAGACACCCUCCAAGACUCCGAUGAUACUCGACCGGAAGAAUAUUCUAUAUACACCAUAUCCGAAGACAACCAGGAGUCUGAAAAUGUGGAAGAGAUGGAGAAAAGUACUAGAGCCCGGAGCUGUUGGUCGAUCUUGUAUGUUAUUCCUCAUUUGUUGGUUGUCAAACCAUUGAUGUUUUUGUGGUGGAUAAUCAGCUUCCCGUUUGGCUACCUAUACGAUUUGUUGGUACCACCCAAGCUAGAGGUGAACAGACAGAGCCUUGACGAAAAAACCGAACUUUUGAAGCAAGAAAAUAUUCUUUCCAACACUAUCAAAUCUCCCACAGCGUCUUCCAAAUACAUCAUUCCUCCCCCUCAACGGCUCUUCCCAUUAUCCAGAAAUCCUGGAAAGAAAAAAAAGCGGAAAACACUCAUCUUAGACUUGGACGAGACACUAAUUCACUCCUUGAGUAGAGGGUCUCCUCGAUCUUUCUCGGGCUCAUCUUCACUGGUCCAUAUGAUCGAGGUGAAAAUCAACAACGUUGCCACGUUAUACUAUGUACACAAGCGUCCAUAUUGCGAUUUCUUUCUUCGUGAAAUCGCCAAAUGGUAUGAACUACAAAUCUUCACCGCCUCGGUCCGUGAGUAUGCAGAUCCAAUCAUAGAUUGGCUCGAAGGCGAUAUAAGUGCUCGCAUAAAUCCUCAUGAUCCACAUAGUACACCACAGAAAGUGUUCACAAGACGCUACUACCGCCAAGACUGUACUUACCGUCCUGGAGUCGGAUACAUCAAAGAUCUUUCCAAGUUUUUCACAAAGGAAGAUGAUUUGAAAAACGUGGUUAUUCUAGACAACUCACCCGUGAGCUACGCCCUUCACGAUGACAAUGCUGUGAUGAUCGAGGGGUGGAUUAAUGAUCAACGAGAUCGAGACUUGCUCAAUUUGUUGCCGGUGCUUCGCAGCUUAAGCUUAUGCAUCGAUGUACGAUACAUUUUGGGAAUGAGAAGUGGAGAAAAGUUAUUUGAAAGAUGA